CUACCAACCAAAGUCAGAGCUCCCUAGAUCGUCAUACUCAGUCUCGUUGCCUACAGUUGAGACUUCUCGAGCUCGUGUUCUUAGCUGCAACUACCGCCUCGCAGCUUCACUUUAUCCUCUACCACCACCACUCCCGCUCUCACCUUACCCGCCCGCAAUGGCACCUUCUACCUCUUGCCCCGACUGCCAGGACAGCGAGGGACCCGUCCGAAAGGUCAAUGGCCACGUCGAGGGCAUCGAGAAGACCCAUGUCGGUGUUGAGAACACCGUUGCUAACGGCCACGUCAAUGGGAACGGCAAUGGCGCCGCCAGCACCUCUUCCAAUGGUAACAGCAACGGUUCAUCCGGCUACUCUACCAUGCCCUUCUCCUCCCGCGCCUCGGACCUUCUGAGCAACGUCUCCAACUUCAAGAUCAUCGAGUCUACUCUGCGAGAGGGAGAGCAAUUUGCUACUGCCUUCUUUGACACCGAGACCAAGAUCAAGAUUGCCAAGGCCCUGGACGCCUUUGGUGUGGACUGCAUCGAGCUCACUUCCCCUGCUGCAAGCGAGCAGUCCAGGCUGGACUGUGAGGCCAUCUGCAAGCUUGGUCUCAAGACCAAGGUCAUCACCCACAUCAGGUGUCACAUGGACGACGCCAGGAUCGCAGUGGAGACCGGUGUCGAUGGAGUCGACGUCGUCAUGGGUACCUCCAAGUUCCUGCGAGAGUUCUCGCACGGCAAGGACAUGACCUACAUUACCAAGAAGGCCAUUGAGGUCAUUGAGUUCGUCAAGAGCAAGGGCAUCGAGAUUCGAUUCUCUACUGAGGACUCCUUCAGGUCUGACCUGGUCGACCUCCUCUCCAUCUACCAGGCCGUGGACAAGGUCGGUGUCAACCGAGUGGGUAUCGCCGACACUGUCGGUGUAGCCAACCCUCGCCAGGUCUACGACCUUGUGCGCACCCUCCGAUCUGUUGUUGGCUGCGACAUUGAGACGCAUUUCCACAAUGACACUGGAUGCGCCAUUGCCAAUGCCUACACCGCCCUCGAGGCUGGAGCCACCCACGUCGACACCAGUGUCCUGGGUAUCGGAGAGCGAAACGGUAUCCCCUCUCUGGGUGGAUUCAUGGCUCGCAUGUACACUGCUGAUCGGGAGUACGUCAUGGGCAAGUACAACCUCAAGGCUCUGCGUGAGGUCGAGGAGCUCGUAGCUCAGGCCGUGGGCGUGUCUAUCCCCUUCAACAACCCCAUUACUGGAUUCUGCGCCUUUACCCACAAGGCUGGUAUCCACGCCAAGGCCAUCCUCGCCAACCCUUCGACGUACGAGAUCAUCAAGCCCGAGGACUUUGGUCUGAACCGCUACAUCCACUUUGGCUCUCGUCUCACGGGAUGGAACGCAGUCAAGUCGCGUGCUGACCAGCUCGGUCUAGGAUUGGACGACGCGCAGAUCAAGCAAGCCACAGAGAGGAUCAAGGUCAUUGCCGACGUGCGGGACCAGUCCGUUGAUGACAUUGAUGCUAUUCUGAGGAUCUUCGCUAGGGGAAUCAGAGAGGGACAUGAAGUGCACAAGGACGCCGUCUUCCACAAGCUGCUGGCGGAGCAUGAGAAGGCUACGGGAGAGCCAACCGACUCGAUUCCUCAGGUGCCGCUGAACCCUGGCAAGGCAUAGAGAGAGGGGGGAAAUAGCAUGAUGAAAACAACAAAAGCUUCCGAAUGUAUCGUGUCGUGUCGUGUCCUGUCAGGGGGUUCCAAGAGCAUUGCUAGCAUAGUUCAGUCUCGUGCCCCUCCCCGCCCGUGACUGUUCCGUCUCUCUCUGUGUCUCUCUUUUCUCCUUUUUACAAGUCGAUGUCUCGAUGUCUCUCAGCUGAGUGAUUUGUCUUUGCGUGCAUAAGCAUGACAGCUCUCAAGGCUCUC